AUGCAAAGCUACUGUUGUGUGUAUUAUAUUAUUAUAAUCAAACGGACACAGAGAAAGGCAGAAAUAAGAAACACCUAUAAAGACAAAGAAAAGAAAUUUCCUCAAUACAACAUAGGGGACCAGGUAUUAAUAAAAGAGCACCGCUUAUCAUCGGUGGAAGACAAAGAAACUCAUAAGUUAUUCCUGAUAUAUCAUGGGCCGUACACCGUACGAGAAGUACACAACAACAACACGGUAACGGUUAACAAUCAAGGAAACUAUCAUAUUAUUAACUUCAAAAAUGUGAAAAAAUACUAUGAAGAUAAGCCAGAGCCAGGCGAAUCUCACAAAAACAAUUAG